AUGACACCCCAAUCAUCGCCCGUUAAAUCUCGACCUCUGUCUGAGAUCAGUCCGAUGGAACGUCGUCGCAACUCUCCAAGCUUCAAUCAAGUUACCAAAAAGAUGAUUAUGAAUGGGCGCGAGUCAUCUCCAUUUGAUUCAUCGCCUUUGAAUUCAAGCAACUGUGCAUCGCCUCGAGCGUAUUGGCAGUCUAAAGACACCACCUUCUCGCCCGGCCGGUACGGCAGCGAGAACUCGGUUGAACGCGAGCACUCUCCGUCUCCCAACCGGCGAUCCUCGAUCGAGAAUCUCAAGAAGGCUUCGCGGGUUAAGAACAGCAGCAUGUUUGCGCGCGAGCAAAAGAACGAAUAUGACCCUGCUUCAGUUCCAUACCUCGAGCGACCUCUUGCCGGCAAUCGACCCCUCAGCGUCCAAGUCCAGGGCAACGCCUUCGGUGGACAAGGGCUUACUGGUUUGCGUAGCCAAAACACCCCCGAGGGGUUCAAGGGACAUCGUCGAGGAGAAUCACAUACCAAGAUUCCGCUUCUCAGCCCGACCAAGCUCUCGAAUUCACAGGGCCCAUGGGACUCUGAACCUAGCCCGAGCGCAGCGCGAGGGUCCCCCCAACGCUCAUCCAUGUCCAACAUCUCCCGAUAUGAAAUGCCAAGGACGGCGGAAGACUUGGACAGCAGCAUGGUCUCAGAGGGUGGGUCCCAAAUCAGUUCGUCCACCCCACGCCCAGUCCUCCGUCGCCACGCAAAAAGCGUCACAUUCGACGAGGCGCCACCAAAGGUCAAUGAGUACGAGAUGGCAACACCCGACCCUUCCUCUAUCGCCUCUGGUUCUCGCGAGGGCAGUUACGAUUCAAUGGACGAAUAUGAUGACGAUGAGCCAAGCUUUGAGCGCGGCUCAUCGAUCGAUCAUGAUGAUAGCUUUGACGCGUCCCUUGAAGACACCGAGAAGACUCCGGUGGUGCUUCCCGAGGACUGGCGCGGAAUGUCUCCGGAAGACGCGAGCCUGAGCUACCUGAGCCUCCGCGACCAGUCUCGCACCGACUCCAUUGGUUCCGAUGGCAGCUCGCGUCCUUUGCCCGCGCUUCCAAAUCUAUCUACGCGCUCCUUGCCCUCUCCCCCUCGGGCAGCCGCCAUUUCAAAGUCUGACAUUCUUGGAAUGAAGGAAUCAGCAAUGUCUCUUGAGGACCGUCUGCGGCUCAUGCAUAUUAAGGACACUCAACCAGAAACGUCGACCGCGGACGCUUCGCCAUCUCAUAUCGCCUCAAACGGGCUGGGCAUCAAUAUGAACAACAAUAAGCCUGGUGCUGAUAAACCCGCUGCGGCUGGGAUCCUAAAUCCAGGGGCGUUCAAGAUCCCUCGUAUCUCACGGGAAUCGAUUCUUCGAAAAGUGAAGUCUCGCACCUUCGACACCUAUGAGGACUCAACGGAUGCCUCAUCUCCGCAAUCCAGCCCGGAGCGGCAGCUGACGGACUUGGACCUCGCCAACCUUGAUCCUGAUGUCCCCAUCCCUUCUCGGGAGGCCUCCUCCCAAUUUGACGACGAUGUCCCUGAGAAGAAGUUCGACGAGAGCGCAGACGAAGUGGAUGUCUACAGCAUCCCUGACAUGUACAGCGUUGAGCGGUCUCCUUCUCGUAUGGAUGACUACGAUGACGCACUGGAGGUGGUUGAUGGAGGUUCUCAGCAGCGUGAUGGACCUAUCACUGAAGGCCUCGCGCAGAACGAUGCGUCAGAGCAUACCCCAGACAAAGUGGGCCUCCCGGAGUUCUCCUCCAUGCUGGACGAUGAGGAUUUCAAGACCCGCCUCAGCUCCUUCGUUUCUACUCAACCCGAGGAACCCAUUGCAGCAACCAAGCCUCCGCUGACUGAAACCAAGCCUGAAAUCCAGCGUCCCGUAACGCCUGAGCAGGAGCUUGAUGAGGAUGAAGAGGAUCCCGGCACCCCGGGAUCAAUCAUCCAUCAUCCUCCUACCAUCGUCGAACCGGUUCGAGACUAUUCUCCAUCCGUCCCAGAGCCGAUCGCAACCAUCAAGGCACCAGGCGGCAGGCUGAAGACCCGCGCGUCUGCUACACCUGCUGAUCUGGCGGCGAUGGCACAACAGCGACGGAUCGUGAGCGGUGAGCGUCCGCCUCCCAUUCCCGAGAAGAGCUCAAAGAGGCUGAGCAUGAGUGUGGAGCCUGAAGACACGCAGUCGGAUUCCGGCAUCCGCCGCAGCGCAAGUUUGAAGAAGAAACUUGACAUCCUCAACGUUCCAGUUGCGGGCCUUGGUGAUGAACUCGGUCUUGACAAGGAGUUCGAUCGCCUUCUUGAAGCAUCAAAGGUAGACUUGGCCCUCUCAUCUGGUUCCUCUCUUUAUCCACUUCCAAGUCAAGCUCAAUUUCCACCGCAAUAUCAACAAGAGGCCGAAAGCGGCCUUUGUGGAACUGCGGAGCACCCCUCUGGAUCUACUUUCACGUCUCAACAACCGUCCCUUGCAAAUAGUGCUACAUCACAGUCGUGGAUCAACGCUAAUUUCACACUCCGCAAACAGAAAGGAUACCUCAUGCGCCAAAACACCAAAGUGGUCGUCGCCUCUUCACGCCAGUUUAGUGAUGAAAAGCCGUCCACCGCACCCUCGGAUGGCGACAUCAGUGGCAGCAAACCAUGGACCACGGAGGCCUGGAAUGGUAAGAUGAGGCGCAAGAGCAUUCGCACCACGUCCGGUGGAUCGCCAAAGAAGUCGCUUAACAGCCCUGUUCCACCGCUGCCUGGCCAAGAGAGCGCUGUCUCGGGGGCCCAAGGUUUGGGAAUCGUCAUGGAGGAUAACGCUAUGGACUGCUUCGAUGACGAGACUGGUGAACGUGGUCGUCUCUUCGUCAAGGUUCUUGGCUUGAAAGACCUUGGAAUGCCACUUCCUUCCAAUGAACGCACAAACUUCCAGCUCACCCUUGACAACGGGCUUCACUGUGUGACCACUGCAUGGCUUGAACUUGGCCGCUCUGCUCCAAUCAACCAAGAGUUCGAGCUUGUUGUGUUGAACGACCUAGAAUUCCAACUCACUCUACAAACUAAACUCACUCCGCCGCCACAACCAGCCCAAUCUGCUCGUCCUACUUCACCCACCAAGGGCCAUAAGGCGCAGAAGUCUACCUUCUCUCGUCUCGCAUUCCUUUCAUCCCCCAAGAAGCGCAAGGAUGCCGAACGCAAAGCUGCAGAGGAAGCUGCCGCUGCUCAGCGUGAGUCACAAGCACAAAGGGAAGCGGACGCUCGACGUGCCAUGAGUGCGAAAACCAAUCCAACUGCCUGGGAUCUCAUGCACAAUCUUGUCGCCCAAGAUGGAUCAUUUGCCCGCGCGUACGUCUGUCUCAAGUCGCAUGAGCAAAACUGCUUCGGCCGACCGUUCACGGUUGAUAUCCCUUGCUUCAACGAAUGGGCUGUCGAUGACUCCGAUCCGAAUGUUGAAAACAGCGUCCGAAGCCGACGCGGAGCGUUGGUUCGCAAGCCGCCUUACAAGGUGGCCCACCUUACCCUGCAACUACUCUAUGUGCCCAAACCGAAGGGUGCCAAAGAUGAAGAUAUGCCCAAGAGCAUGAGUGCUUGCGUGCGUGAGCUGCGUGAUGCCGAAGAGGCAAAGAAGCGGAAUUUUGAGGGAUACCUCAGCCAACAAGGAGGCGACUGCCCGUACUGGCGUCGACGCCUUUUCCGCCUCCAUGGUCACAACCUGACAGCUUACCAUGAGACCACCCAUCAACCUCGUGCCACCAUCAACCUUGCCAAAGCCAGGAAACUUAUCGAUGACCGUUCUUCGCUCAUCAACCCCGACACGGCCGCACCUGGCAAGAAGGGUCGUCGCAAGUCUGCAUUCGCCGAGGAAGAAGAGGGAUACAUGUUUGUCGAAGACGGCUUCCGCAUCCGCUUUGGGAACGGUGAAGUCAUUGACUUUUAUGCGGAUAAGAGUGAAGACAAGACUGCCUGGAUGCAAGUCUUGUCCGAAGUCAUUGGCAAGGAUACGGCUUCAGGCCAGAAGGGAUGGACGGAGAUGAUUCUCCAAAAGGAGCGACAGGAGCGAAAGGCCGGCGUUCCACCUCGGCCAUCGUCCGAGGGCAACGAUCAAGCCAGCCGUGCGCCGUUUUCUCAGCCGCGACAUGCUGCCCAUCAGUCCAUGGAUUCCGGUCCGAGGAUGCGGCCGCAGAUGAAUGUCCACAGUACCAAGAGCGUCCCGAGCAGCCCGGUGAAGGGUCAAGUGCCAGUGCACAUGCAGACGAACGCGAGCCCCACGAAACCUCAUCAUGGGCGAACGAGGUCGCAGAUUCCCGACGCGGCGAGCGCGAUGGAGCAGCGACGGAAGAAGGUCCGUUCAAUGAUCUUCUGA